UACAAUCGUGAUAUGUAAUUCCUGUAAUUCCGGAACCAAAGGUCAAGUGAUUUCUAAGCAUUUACAAGUUUGUCUCUGUGAUUGGAUAAAACAGUCAAUGGAAAUACCCAAGACAGACUUUGGCUCUGUUAUAAAAUGUCAGUUGGGACUGGUCUUUAUACUUCUUUAUACUUGUAAGUUAAUGUGGGUCAACAGACUUCACAGAAACACUGGAGGAAGAUUAGAGAGAAGCUUAUCACGUGAGAGAAACUGUCUCGAAAAUGAGUCUUUCUGAAGAGACAGAGGAAGGCACUGCCUUUAAAAAGAGUCUCUCUAGAGAAACAGAGGAAGGAGGCACUGCCUCUAAAAAUUGUGUUUUUGAGGAACAUGACACUGACAAUGAAGCUAAAGGGCCAAUACAGAAGGAGGUACCAGUCUCAUCUUUAGCCAGCUGUGUGUCCUUUAAGUGUGACAAUUCAAUGCGUGCUCCGAUUGAGUUCAAAGAAGGAACUAUUUCCAGUGAUCAAAGGACUCCAAACUCAGCUGUAUCCAGCAGUGUGUUCAAGAGCAACGGUUCAAUAGGUCUUCCAGUUGAGUUCAGCCAGGACAAUGUUUCUACUGAUGAAAGUGACCAGUCUCCCCAGAGUCAUCAAAUGGAUCUGCCCACCAUUUUCACAUUGGUUGAAGCCCAAGUCCUAAGUUUUGUGAAGAAUGAGUUGAAGAGGUUUGAGAGGAUUCUGAAGCCACAUUCUGAGUGUCCAAGAGAAGAUGAAAAAGUGGUGGAUGCUAAAGAUGAGAAGAAAGACACCAGUGCCAGAGAGGCAGCUCUGAAGAUCACACUACAUGUCUUGUUGGACAUGGGUCACAAAGAGCUUGCUGACAUACUUGAGAAAAGUAUUUUGGGUGAGCUUACUGUGUGGCAACGUAAACUCAAGACUAACAUGAAGACAAAAUAUGAGAAUGUGUUUGAGGGAAUAGCUAAACAGGGAAAUCCAACACUUCUCAAUAAGAUCUACACAGAGCUCUACAUCACAGAGGGUGGAAGUGGACAGGUCAAUAAGGAACAUGAGGUGAGACAGAUUGAAACGACAUGUAGAAGAGCAGCAACACAAGAGAUACCAAUCAAAUACAAUGACAUCUAUAAGCCAUUACCCGGUCAAGAGAAACAUAUCAGAACUGUGCUGACAAAGGGAGUCGCUGGCAUUGGAAAAACAGUCUCUGUGCAGAAGUUCAUUCUAGACUGGGCUGAAGAUAAAGCCAAUCAGGACAUCCACUUCAUUUUUUCUCUACCUUUCCGGGAGCUUAAUAGGAUGAAGAAAAACCAGAGCUUGGUUGAACUUCUCAAUCAUGUAUUUACAGACACAGAGGCAUCAGCAAUAGACUUUGAAAAGUACAAGGUUCUGUUCGUCUUUGAUGGUCUGGAUGAGUGUCGACUUCCGCUUGACUUCCAGAACAACGAGAGUUGGUCUGACGUAACAAUGCCAACCUCAGUGGAUGUGCUGCUAACAAACCUCAUAAAGGGAAAUUUGCUUCCCUCAUCACUCGUCUGGAUCACCUCUCGACCAGCAGCAGCCUUGCAGAUCCCUGCGAGAUGUGUUGACCGUGUGACAGAGGUACGUGGGUUUAACGACCCACAAAAAGAUGAGUACUUUCGGAAGAGAAUCAGCGAUGUCACCUUGGCCAAAAGAAUCAUCAAGCAUCUGAAGUCAUCAAGAAGUAUUUACAUUAUGUGCCACAUACCAGUCUUCAGUUGGAUUUCUGCAACAGUUCUCCAAAAUAUGUUGAGUCAAGCAGAGAGUGGAGAUUUGCCCAAGACUCUGACUCAAAUGUACACACAAUUUAUGGUGUUUCAGACCAAGCAGAGUGGCCUGAAGUAUCUUGGAGAUUAUACUUUGGAUCAUCACUGGAACAAAACUACCAUGCUGGCACUUGGAAAACUGGCUUUUCAGCAGCUUGAAAGAGGCAAUCUGAUUUUCUACGAGGAAGACCUAAGAGAGUGUGGCAUCGAUGCCAAAGAAGCUUCAGUAUACUCAGGAGUAUGCACAGAGAUCUUUAGAGAGGAGUUUGGCCUGCAACAGGAGAAGGUCUACUGCUUUGUGCAUCUAAGCAUUCAAGAGUUUAUGGCUGCUUUGUAUGUGUUUCUCUCAUUUAACAAUGACACUGUUGAUUUAAUGACUAAACAUGAAGUAUCCAAGAAAUGUAAGACAUCAAAAGACACAGCUGCAACCAUCCAUUACAAAAGUGCAGUGGACAAGGCAUUACAGAGUGAGAAUGGACACCUUGACCUCUUCCUUCGUUUUCUUCUCGGCCUCUCACUUGAGUCCAAUCAGACUCUCCUGCGAGGCCUACUGACACAGACGGGAAGCAGCUCAGACAUCCAUGAGAAAACAGUUGGAUACAUCAAGGAGAAGAUCAGGGAGAAUCCCUCCCCAGAGAGAUGCAUAAAUCUAUUCCAUUGCCUCAAUGAGCUGAAUGACUAUGCUUUAGUGGAGGAGAUCCAAAGCUACAUGAGCUCAGGACGUCUGUCCAAAGAACAACUCUCUCCUGGACAGUGGUCAGCUCUUCUCUUUGUGUUGCUUACCUCUGGAGAGGAGCUGGAUGUUUUUGAACUGAAGAAAUACAUCAAAUCUGAUGAAGGCCUUGUUAGGCUGCUGCCAGUAAUCAAAGCUUCUAGAACAGCUCUGUUGAAUGGUUGUAACCUCACAGAGAGAUGCUGUCAGUCAUUGACUUCCAUUCUUAGCUCAGACUCCACGCAGCUGAGAGAGCUGGACCUGAGUAACAACUACCUGCAGGAUUCAGGAAUGGAGCUGCUCUCUGAUGGACUGAAGAGUCCACUCUGCCAACUGGAGAAACUAAAGUUGAAGCAAUGUUACAUAAAAAACACGGAAGCACUGGCCUCAGUUCUCUGUUUAAAUUCAAAUCUGAUAGAGCUAGACCUGAGUGACAAUGACCUGCAGGAUUCAGGAGUGAUACAACUCUCUAGUGGACUGGGGAAUCCAAAUUGUAAACUAAAGAAACUAAGGCUAUCCUUUUGUGGAGUCACAGAGGAAGGUUGUGCUUUUUUAGUUUCGGCUGUCAGCUCAAACCCCUCCCAUCUGAGGGAGUUGGACCUUAGCUACAAUAAUCCAGGAGACUCUGGGAAGCUGCUCUCCAGUCUACUGGAGGAUUCAGCCCUUAAACUGCAGACACUCAAUCUGGAACAUGAUUCAGAGUGCUGGUUAAAAUCAGCACUCAGACAAUAUGCCUGUACGCUCACGCCUGACCUCAACACCAUACACCCUCAACUAUACCUGACGCAGGGGAACAGGAAGGUGGUGCAUGAUUCCAACGGACAACAGUACAUUGAAUAUCCAGACCACCCAGAGAGGUUUAACCACUGGACACAGGUGCUGUGUAGAGAGCCUCUUUCUGGGCGCUGUUACUGGGAGGCAGAGUGGGAGGGUUAUGGAGCUUAUGUAGGGAUGACAUACAGGGGUCUCGUUAGGAAAGGAGGGAACAAUGACUGUGUUAUUGGCUACAAUGACAUGUCCUGGAGUUUGUACUGCAAUGAAAAGUCCUGUGACGCCUUCCAUAACAUAAAGAGCUCCUCCGUCCCUCUGCCGUCCUCCCGCUCGCGCAGAGUGGGAGUGUUUCUGGACUGGGAGGGCGGCACCCUGUCCUUCUACAGCGUCUCCUCAGACACGCUGACUCACCUGCACACGUUCCGCACCACAUUCACUGAGCCCGUAUAUGCCGUCCUGUGGCCCUGGAAGGCCUCUGCCAUUACCCUGUGUCAGGUGAAGCCUGGGGAGGAGUAACUCCCCUCGCCUGGGACUGCGGCUGGGUGGUUCGCGUGUUAACCGUAGGCGUAGUAGUUUGUAUAUUAACAUGUUGUCCAGAAUGUAUACCCAUUGUGGCUUUGAGGGCUCACCAAUCCUCAACAACACGCACGGAUAAAACUGACUAAACACCAAUAAAAUGCUAUUUGAUCCAUGCUCA